AUGUUCUCCUGGGAGCAGUCGGAGGUGCCAUUUGGGACAGCAAGUUCGGGAGGCGCUGAGCAGCAGGUUGUGGCCUCUGAGAUGGAUGUCAGUUGCUGGAAGUGGGGUCGGAGGGUGCUGCGGAAGGAUAAAGGUCUCAUCGGGGUCGAGCUACAGUCGGAGUACCAACUAGACCCUUGGAGAUGGUCACCACCUCAGAAUGUUAUGAAAUUCCCUCGAAUGCAUGUAUGGGAUCCUUUUAAGAGGCUUGGUUUAACUCGGGAUGCUUCUCAAGAAGAAAUUUUAGCAGCACGAAAUUAUCUUCUGGAACAAUAUGCUGGCCAUGAAGCAAGUGUGGAGUCCAUUGAGGGUGCUUUUGAAAAGUUAUUAAUGGCAAGCUUCAGGCUGCGCAAGAAAACAAAAAUCAAUCUUAAAAGCAGGCUGAAGAAGCAAGUUGAGGAAUCUCCUCCUUGGGUUCAAAGAUUACUUGCUUAUGUUGAAGUUCCUCCUGUUGAUACCAUCCUUAGAAGGCUUUUCCUAUUUGCUUUUAUGGGGGGUUGGAGCAUUAUGAAUUCUGCUGAGACUGGACCUGCUUUCCAACAUGCCUUGCCUGCUCCUUUUCUGCGGCCUGCCUUGCUCGCUAUGCUUCUUCACGCGGCUCAGAUCGGCCUGCCUGUCGGCCGGUUGUGUGGUUUUCAGUCGGUCUAG